GACACACAAAAUCACACACUUGAAUAAGAGCAAAACGCCCUUAUUUCCCCACAGACCUAGGGCAAACACUUGAAGACAGAAGAACUCAAAACUGACCAGAGAAGAAUCAAAAUGAACCUUCUUCCCUCCUUCUCUAUGGAAACCUGGGCCCUUCUUCUUAUUUUCAUGGUCCUCGUGAUACUAUAUGGCACCUGGCCAUUUCGUUUGUUCAAGAAGUUGGGCAUUCCUGGACCAAGACCUCUGCCUUUCAUAGGAACGUGCAUGAACUAUCGCAAAGGUUUCUUGGAUUUUGACAAUGACUGUUACCAGAAAUACGGGAAAGUCUGGGGGUUUUAUGAUGGCAGGCAACCUGUGAUGGGUGUCAUGGACCCCCAAAUCAUUAAAACUGUGCUGGUUAAAGAGUGUUACUCCACCUUUACCAACCGGAGGCAUGUAGAUAUAGUAGGGGUGCUGAGCAAUGCUAUCUCAUUAGCUGAAGACGAACAGUGGAAAAGGAUUCGUACUGUGCUCUCUCCAGUCUUCACCAGUGGGAAACUAAAGGAGAUGUUACCUAUAAUGAAGCACUAUGGGGAAGUUUUGGUGAAAAAUGUUCAGAAGCAAAUAGAAAAGGACAGCACUGUAUCUGUAAAGGACCUCUUUGGAAGCUACAGCAUGGAUGUUGUCACCAGCACUUCAUUCGGUGUCAACAUUGACUCCAUGAACAACCCUGAAGACCCCUUUGUCAGAGAGAUGCAGAAGUUCGUCAAUAUUAACUUUUUUAGCCUGCUCGCUAUCUUGACAUUUACAUUUCCAUUCAUUGGUCCGCUUUUGAACAAGAUGAAUGUAAGCUUCUUCCCCAAUGACGUUGUCGAUUUUUUCAUGAGAUCCAUCACCAAAAUUAAGCAAGAUCGUGAAAAGGAUCCUCACAAGGGCAGAGUGGAUUUUCUGCAGCUGAUGAUCGAAGCCCAAAACUCACCCACUGAAGGAAGCAAAGAAGCAAAUCACCCAUAUAAAUCCCUGACUGACCUAGAGAUCCUUUCGCAAGCAUUCAUCUUUAUUUUUGCUGGCUACGAGACCAUCAGCACCACGCUUUCCUACACGGCAUAUGAACUGGCUUUGCACCCUGAUGUGCAGCAAAAACUGCUGAACGAAAUCGACUCCGUUUUUCCCAACAAGGCUCCUCUCACAUAUGAAGCAAUGAUGAAAAUGGAAUAUCUUGACAUGACAGUGAGCGAAACUCUUCGGCUUUUCCCCAUCGGAGGACGGCUUGAGAGAACCUGCAAGAAAGAUGUAGAAAUAAAUGGAGUGACCAUUCCCAAAGGAGCCAUUGUUAUGAUCCCAUCCUAUACCCUGCAUCGUGACCCCAAGCACUGGCCUAACCCAGAAGAGUUCAGACCAGAAAGGUUCAGUAAGGAAAACAAAGAGGCCGUAGACCCAUAUACGUACCUGCCCUUUGGAGCUGGUCCCAGAAACUGCAUCGGGAUGCGGUUUGCUCUCCUGACUCUGAAGGCUGCCCUCAUCGUCCUAUUGCAACAUUUCACUUUCCACACCUGCAAAGAAACUGAGAUCCCUCUCAAGAUAUUUUCAUUUGGACUCUUAAGACCAGAAAACCCAAUUAUUUUGAAGAUAGUCCCCCGGACCAACACCGCACCUCCAAAGGCGUAAAACUCAGCCAUGGCUGCAAUUAUUCUCUGGUGUCUAAUGAGUGCUGUGCCAACAAAAGGGAUCACACUUUGCAGGAAAUCUACCUUACACAUACAUGCACAGAAGAGCAGCUCUAGUUAAUUCUGGAAGCAAUUACUACAUAUUUACUAAUAAACAUAGCUGUCAGAAAUGUAAUGUGGAUCACUGGGCAGUGACAAUAUGCAGUGUCCUUAAUUUUGAUUGCAGAAAACAAGAAAUAAAUCCAAAUGGGAAGCUGAUCAUCCACUUCUAAGGGGACUUCUCUGUCUGGAGAGAAGGAAUUACUGUCGCAUCCAAGAGAAACAAGGUGUGAUGGAAAUUCAAACUGUCAGACCUUGCUGGGCAGGGAUGGGUGACAUUCUUAGUGUACUGAUGCUUGAAAUUUCAUGUGUUAUAAUUGAGCCGACUGGUGUGAGACUAUAUCCUAGUUACCAAGCCUCUCUUGUGCCAUGUGUUAAUUAAACUAAAGUGUGUACAAAUACUGUCAUUAAAAAUGUUUGAGAGCUGCUCUGUGUUGUGUAAAGCAGCUGAUCACUUCCUAUUUAAAAAUUGUAUUCAGCCUCAACCAUUGAAAUUAUC